AUGCCACAAUCGACAAGGCUUUCAUUUCUUGGUGUUACCCUCACUAGAGUAGAUGAAGAUCCUACAAUUCAUCCAUCAUUCGCUCAGGCCGUCCCGGGAUCUGGCCUCAGGAGCCAUCGUCGACGAAGAGAUCGAGGACGCCGCAAUCGUGAGAGCUAUUCGGCUGCUCUACUCCGGCUCCCACUAGCGAUCAUCGCAAAGAUAUGUCGCGAACACCCAGCCUGGCAGCCAGUACCAAAACCGAUGGAAAAUGGCCCCUUCACCGACAAGAUGGAAACGGCCGAUUUCGAGGUGGUUACUAAUGGAGCAGAUAAGAAUUUGCCGGGUGUGAUGGCCGAAGGCGGCGAGUGUUCGGAUCAUAAGCUCGAAGCGGUCUCGGAUCGGGGCCCAAUCAGCUUAAGGAGCAGUUGGUAUCUCAUUGCUCAUGUCAUGUCUAGCCCCUUCUGCUUACAGCCUCCUGUCGCUAUCAAUUUUAUUCGACAGUCAUGA